UUGAAAAUAAAAAGUAGUUCUUUGUUGCGGGAGAGAGAAAGAGAAAUAACACUGAAAAAUAAUAGAAGAGAAGAAAAUACAUUACGAUUUCGAGAGAGUUUUCUAAAUUACAGACUACAAUUAUUGGUGGUGUAUGGUUUAAAAUUGGAUUACCCAUUGUGGGUAUUAUAAUAGCAUUUAACAUGACCUGGCGAAGUCACGGUAUUAAUAAUGCAGAUAUGAUCCGAAAUUUACGGGCAAACGGUAUAAUCAAAUCGGAUACCGUAGCUAAUGCAAUGAUUGCUGUUGAUAGAAAAAAUUACUGUCCAUAUGCACCCUAUCAUGACUCUCCACAGUCUAUUGGUUACUCGGCGACGAUUAGUGCUCCUCAUAUGCAUGCUCAUGCUUUGGAGAGAUUAAAAAAUCAAUUAGUACCUGGUGAAAAGGCUUUGGAUGUGGGUUCAGGUUCUGGAUAUUUAACAGCGUGUAUGGCUAUCAUGCUAGGUGAAAAUGGCAGAGUUGUUGGCAUCGAACAUAUCCCCGAUCUUGUCACAUUAGCUACUAAGAAUAUAAAAAAUGAUCACCCUGAUUUGUUAUCUUCAGGGAGGAUUAAACUGAUUGUUGGUGAUGGUCGUCUUGGUUAUCCACUUGAAGCACCUUACAAUGCCAUCCAUGUUGGAGCUGCAGCACCCUCCUUACCUCAAGCUCUUGUUGAACAAUUGAAGCCUGGUGGUAGACUCAUUGUGCCGGUUGGCCCUGAAGGAGGAGAACAGCAUCUGACUCAGGUGGAUAAAGCAGCAGACGGUACUACAACGAUCAAAAAACUCAUGAGUGUUAUCUAUGUCCCUCUAACUGACAAGGAUCACCAAUACCGUCCACGGCGCUAAACAUUUCAUUAAAUGAUGAUUUCAUUUUUCUAUUAAUUAAUACUUCAAUAAAUUGUAUUUUUUUUAUUCGAAAUUAUGCUAUAUGUACAUACAAAAAUAAAUUAACUUAUUACCUACA